AGUGUAACAAUUAUGACGUGUAUGUGUGUGUGUGUUCAUCUUGGAUUGUCACAUUAAUUUAUUGUGGAUGAUGAGAUUUUUGUGUUUGGUUUUUUAUAGCGUCAAACAUCAAGCCGGCUCAUAGUCUAUUGAUUGAUCAAAGGAAAAAAAAUCGAUCCAAAAUUGAUUUUAAAUUCUCAUUUAUGGGCAAUUCAUAAUUUCUGUAUCGAAAAUAAUCAUCACUUUAUUUUUAUCAUCAAUUAAUUUUCGAUUAAUCGAUUGAUCAAAUCCGCACACGCACACACACAGAUGUAACGUGUCAUCAUCAUUAUCAUCAUUUUUUGUUUCACAAUUUCCUCAAUUUGAAAGAAACCACAGCUGUAUUCCGCACUGUCCUUUUUAUGUGGUGUGUCGUGUGUGUGUGUGUGAGUAAUUUGUUCGAUUUUGAUUUUUCAUAAAUAAUAAUGAUCGAUUUAUUGGUUAUUCUUUAGCCACUUUUUUCCUCCAAAUUUUCCCACCAAGAAUAUUCAAAUUUGAAUGAGAAUAAAAAUGUAUCAAAUAUCAAUGUAUUCACCGAUUGUUAUAAUCAACACAUUAAUCCUGUUGAUUAUGUUCGUACAACGAUUAGAAUCAAAUUAUCAAGAUACCAAUAUACCACAUCGUCGUUUUGAAUAUAAAUAUUCAUUUAAAGGACCAUAUCUAGCACAAAAAGAUGGCACAGUACCAUUUUGGGAAUAUAGUGGUAAUGCUAUCGCAUCAGAAGAAUUAGUCCGUAUUACACCAUCAUUACAUUCGAAAAAAGGACAAUUAUGGUCAAAAUUAGCGACAACAUUUGAAUGGUGGGAAGUGGAUCUAAUAUUUCGUGUGACGGGAAAAGGACGUAUCGGUGCUGAUGGCUUGGCGUUUUGGUUUACUGAUCGUAAAUACCCGGAAGGUCCUGUGUUUGGAUCUUCUGAUCAUUGGAAUGGUUUGGCAAUUUUCUUUGAUUCAUUCGAUAAUGAUGGCAAAGGAAACAAUCCAUAUAUAAUGGCAAUGAUUAAUGAUGGUAGUAAAACAUAUGAUCAUAAUUCGGAUGGAAUUAAUCAACAACUACAAGGUUGUUUACGUGAUUUUCGUAAUAAACCAUAUCCUGUACGUGCUAAAAUUGAAUAUUAUCGAAACGUACUCAGUGUUAUGAUUCAUAGUGGCAAUACAAAUAAUGAUGAUGAUUAUGAACUUUGUUUCCGUGUGGAGAAUGUAUUUCUACCACAAUAUGGCCAUUUUGGUAUAACAGCAGCAACCGGUGGUCUGGCUGAUGAUCAUGAUGUAAUGAAAUUUCUUACCUAUAGUAUCAAUGCACAACAACAACAACAACAAAUCGGUAAUUCUCAACAACAAGGACCUGGUCUUUCCGAAGCAGAUAAACAACGUUUCAAUAAAGAAUAUGAAGUAUAUAAAGAAAAACUUGAACGACAACGUGAAGAAUAUCUGAAAGCACAUCCUGAUGAGGCUAGAAAAUUAGAACUGGAAUCAGAUAAAGCGGUUGAUGUUGAUUUUGAUUUUUCCGUAAAAGAAUUACGACAAAUUUUCGAUGGACAAAGUGAAGUCUAUGAACAUGUAAAAUUAAUGAGCCGUAAAUUGGAUGAAAUUAUUGGACGACAAGAACGUGCAUUAUCAAUGAUAUCGAAUAUUCAUGCAGUUGGUGGUAUUCCUCAGCAACAACAACAACCCGGUGGUGUUCCACAAAUUCAAGCCAAUAUGCCAAUAUCUCGGCCAGAAGUUGAAUCAUUACUGGGUGUUCAUCGUGAAUUAUUACAGAAUUCACGUGAAAUAAAAGUUCUUGUACAACAUGGUCAACAACAGCAACAGGUUCCAGUUCAACAUAAUAAUCAAGUUGGAUCACAAGAUUCCGGUAAUCAACAGCUUGCUUUAUUACAACAAUUAUUGAAUGAAGUACGUGAAAAUAUGAAUGUUGUACGCAGAGAAUUUGGAACAUUAACGACCAGAUUGUCUUCUAUUGGGGUGGGUGGUGGUCAAACAGGACAUGCAUCACCUCAAUAUCAACAACAACAACAACAAACAAGUUGCAUUUCAACCCUUAGUUUUAUUAGUUUUCUAUCUAUCCAUCUUUUAAUGAUUAUUGGUGCUUUAUAUUAUUUUUCCGGUCGUGAUGCACAGUCGAAAAAAUUUUAUUAAGAACAAAAAACCAAAAAUAUCACACCAUUUAUCUGUCCUGAUUUGUCAAUACAUAUAUAACCGAUUUAAAUUUAAUAAAUAAAAAUAAAAAUUGUAAAGUCAAAAAGUUGAAUAGCUGACAGUUUCUUUCUCUGUCGACAGAUGACAGCAUGACUUUCAUUGAAUUGAA